AGAGAAGCUUUUUGAAAAGCAUCAGAAAAAAGAGAAAAGAAGAGAGGACCUGAAAGAAAAAGAGCAAACUGCGAGAGUUUGGCUUGGAGACUCUUGACAUAGGUGGAGUCCCUCACAGAGGCAGAGGUGAAGAUUUACUCCUUCAAGGAGUUUUAGAGUUUCAGGGUCCCUUCUUCACUCACCUAGGCAAUCUUAGGGGCAAUGGCAUUUGUUCUUGCUGGAAGAAGGAAGAAACUAUAAAGUUUGCCAGCAUCCCAGGGUCUACAUCAGCUGGCAAGGGAACUGUUCACAAACAGGAAAGGAUGAAUUCCCAGAAUAGUCCAGGUGACCAUGGCAUCAGCAGUGUUCAUGGAAGCCCCCAUAUGUCUGGUAGAAAACAUUGAUGAAGAGCUGAAGUUAAACCCCAAAGCACUACAGAUUCUAACUUCAAUCACCAAGCCAGUGGUGGUGGUAGCUAUUGUUGGACUGUGCCGUACUGGGAAAUCCUACUUGAUGAACCAGCUGGCAGGAUCGAACUCAGGCUUCUCCCUGGGAUCCACUGUGCAGUCUGAGACAAAGGGUAUCUGGAUGUGGUGUCUCCCUCACCCCAGCAAACAGGACCAUGUCUUAGUUCUGCUUGACACAGAGGGCCUUGGAGAUGUAGAAAAGGGUGACCCCAGGAAUGACUCGUGGAUCUUUGCCCUGGCUGUCCUGCUCAGCAGCACUUUUGUGUACAACAGCAUGAACACCAUCAACCACCAGGCCUUGGAACAGAUGCAAUAUGUAACAGAACUGACCAAACUAAUCAAGAUCAAAUCCUCACCUGAUGCUGCUGGAGAAGAGGAGUCUGAAGAGUUUGUGGGCUUCUUCCCAGACUUUGUGUGGACAGUGCGGGAUUUCACCCUGGAAUUGAAGAUAGAUGGACGCCCCAUUACCUCAGAUCAGUACCUGGAAAAUGCCUUAAAGCUUAGUAAAGGCAAGAACCCCAGAGUUGAACUGGCUAACCUUCCACGAGAGUGUAUCAGAAAAUUCUUUCCAAAACGGAAGUGUUUUACUUUUGACCGUCCAACAAAUGAUAAGUCACUCUUAGCCUGUCUUGAAGAUGUCCCAGACCAAGAACUGGAGCCUUCGUUCAGGACUCAGACAGACAGCUUUUGUACUUACAUCUUUUCCAAUGCAAAACCCAAGACCCUCAGUGGGGGUAUCAUGAUCAAUGGAAAUCGGUUGGGAAAGCUGCUGGAGACCUAUGUGAGGGCAAUCUCCAGUGGUGACGUUCCCUGCCUGGAGAAUGCAGUGAUGUCUUUGGCUCAGACUGAGAACCCAGCUGCUGUGCAAAAAGCUACAAAACAUUAUGUGGAACAGAUGGACCUGAAGGUGGAUUUCCCCACAGAGACUCUCCAGGACCUGCUAAGCAUACAUACAGAGUGUGAGAAGGAAGCCCUCUCAAUUUUCAUGAAGCAUUCUUUCAAAGAUGAGAACCAAAAAUAUCAGAAGGAACUGAUGCAAAUCUUAGAAACCAAGAAGGAUGGUUUCAUACGUCAAAAUGAAGAAACAUCAACCAAAUAUUGUCAAACUCAGCUUGAGCAUCUCUCACAGUCCCUGAGAGAAGCCAUUUCUAAAGGCACCUUCUCUGUGCCAGGGGGUUACAAUCUUUUCAAGAAAAGAAGAGAAGAAAUAACAAAUAAUUAUUAUCAAAUGCCCAGGAAAGGACUAAAGGCAGAUGAGGUCCUCCAAAGGUUUCUACAGUCACUGGCAGUGACAGAAGAUUCCAUCCUGCAGACAGAUCAGGCUCUCACUGAAAAAGAGAAGGCCUUGCAAGUUGAACAGAUCAAAAGAGAAGCAGCUGAGAAAGAGAAGAAGUUGUUGAAACAGCAACAAGUUGAAAUACAGCAAAAGAUGGAAGCUCAGCAGAGAAGUUUUGAAGAAAACAUGAACCAACUGAAAAGGAAGAUGGUGGAAGAUAGAUACAAGAUCCUGGAAGAACAGAAAAUGAUUCUGGACUCUAAACUGAAGGAACAAGAAAAGCUGAUGAAGGAAGGCUUUCAAAAGGAAGCUGAAAAGAUGAACAAAACAAUUGAAGGCCUACAAGCAAAAGUUAAGGAUGCUGAGAAUAAGAAGUUCGAUUUUUUGCCCAAAUUUUUAGAUACAGCUGGCAGUAUAAUAAUGGCCACAUCACCUGGUACAGGAAAAAUUGUUGGCAUGCAGUUAAAGGCAUUAGCCACUUCGUUGUCCAAAUAGAUUUCAGUUUCCCAAAAGAAAAUUAUUGAGUAAUUCUAUUCCAUCUUUAAAAAAAAGUGGAGUUAAGAUCUCCUUAUGUAUGAAUGUGAGGCUUUUGGAGAAUCAUCCUGCUCUUUCAUAUUUAGGUGUGGUCCUUAACAUACAGGCUACCUGGCCUUUCUCAGAGAGAACAAUGCCUCAUUGUCCCUAACAAAACAGUACUUAAAGUCAGCAAGAGCUGAGUUCACAUCUAGAAUUAGCCAAUUAUAAGCCUACUUCUAGAAUCCUGAGAAAGUCACUGAAACUCUGUGUUUUAGAUUUCUCAUCAUAAAAUGGGGGUAACAAUAUAUUCACAGGUUUUUGUGAGGAUAAAAAGUAAAGUUAUUUUGAAACCUUA